GUCUCGGCGUGUUGUUCAUCUGCGGCUCCGCAGUGACAGGCCUUUCUUAUCAUUUUCCCAGUGGUGCAGAAUUGUUCCUCCUACUUCAGUGGUACUUUGAAUCACCUUCCUUUGUUUGUUAAAAUCUUGAGCCAAGACACUCCUUCCAAGAGCACAUCGUCCAUUUCCAGGGGGAAUGAAGCGAUCUGGCUUGACCCACAAGACGCCUUUGGAGGAUUUCUGGAAUAAGCUCUUAAAAUACAAGCACGUACUAUUCCUGUUCUGUAUUCUUCUAACAUGUAUUGUAAUUGGGAUGUGGUUUACAGGUGAAGUGCCUAUCAUCAUCAGCAUUGAACCUCUGGUUGCCCUUGCUGGAGGGCACGUGACUCUGUCCUGCCAGCUGACAGGCAGCAUCCCCUCUAAUAUGAACGUGCAUUGGUACAGAAUGGAAAAGGGGAGGGCAACUCCACUGUGCUCUUCCUCCAGCCUGGGUGGGGUGGUGGAGCAGUGCUGGGAUGAAGAACUGUGCAGGACUGAGGGACGCUGGCAGGGAAGAGCACUUCUUCUGGUUAUCCGGCACGUGCAAGUAGCCGACGAGGGGACUUAUGUCUGUGCAGUGAAUAGCAGUGUUGUCACACAGGAGGCUACUACUCACCUUAAUGUUACAGCAAUGGGGAAUAAGCCAACCUUGGACAGGGAUCUGCAAGAGGAGAAUAUGUGUCGCUACACAUGUAAGUCAAAACAGUGGUACCCAGAGCCUGAAGUCAUUUGGACGAACUAUGGAGGAGACACAAUAAAUGUGGAGGCCAAGACAAAUGUAACCUGGAGUGAGAGGGACCUUUUCACAGUGCAGAGCACCAUCACAGUGCCUUGUGAUAAUGUAGAUGUGGUGUGUGUAGUCAAACUCGUCAAAAGCAAGAGAAGCCGAUCAGGUUCCAUGAAUGAAAUUAUGGUGCCACUGCCAGGUGCUUGUACAUACAAUGCCAGAAUAAGAGGAUCCUAUGUAAAGCCCAAAGUGAUGUGGGUCAAUCCCCAAGGAGAAAACCUAUCUUCACUGGCCCAGACAAGCAUUCAACAGGAGAUGGACAAUAUUUUCUCAAUAGAAAGCUCCAUAGAGAUACCUUGUGGACAACCGCCACCUUCUUUUGUGAUCACUGAUAGGGAACGCAGUCCACAGAUUUCUCAACAGUCAGAAGACAGUAGCUUGUCCUGGAUUAUCUAUUUCCUGGUUCUCAUGAUUUUACCAGCAUAUCUUCAGAGGCAGAUUGAGGAGCUCCUGUCGCAACACAGGGCAGCACGUGAUGCCAAUAAGGAAAACCAGAAGGAGAUUGGUGAGUGUUGCUGGCUCCCUGGGGCCAUGUGAGUGAGCGGCUUGAGGGAUGCUGUGCCCAGGUGGGACAGUGGAGGGCAAGUCACUCUGCUGCCCACAAGACCGUGAGCCAUGCACCAUGCCGGAGGAGAUUUUCACCCUUCCCUGGGUGGAUUGUCCCAGAGUGGACUGGAUUGCAAGGACCUUCUGGGUCUUGCCUUAACUUUCUGUCUGCUCCUGUGACCACGUUGACUCAGCAGAGGAACAGCGUGAAAGGAACUGUGAGUCUUUCUGCUCAGCAGAAUGCCUUCCCCAAUGGGAUAGAGGCCUUGGGACAGGGGAGGAGGGAUCCUUCAGCAAU